AUGUCACUUUGUGGUCUACAUGAAUGGAUUACGGGAGCUUUCCCGGAUAUCAUCCAGAAAGUCCCCCAGGAUAAAGUUCCUGCUCAAACGUUCGAUCACGUAUUCAUCGACAUGCAACAUGUUAUAGUUAAUUCAUCCAAGUCCAUAAAUAACAAUGAGAUUACCAAUCUGUUUAUACCGAAUCACGAUGUUAUUGACUAUUGUCUGCACUACAUCGAAACGAUUUUCACUCUUUUUCGACCGACUAAGUUGUUCUACAUUGCAAUGCAAGGUGUGGAACCCCAAGCUGCCGCAAUACGGACUCGUAAGAACGCUUAUUUGACUGCUCAGAGAACAUCGCAGCUGAAAGUGAAACUGUUUGCUGCAAGAAUGGACUCGCAGAUACCCCCAAAUGUGUUUGAUCCAAAUAGCGUACACGCCGGAUCGUCUUUUAUGUUGGAGUUACAGCGAAACAUCGAAUAUUGGAUUGUCGACAAGAUCAAUUCCGACUCGGACUGGCAAAAUUUGGACGUGUUUUUAUCCGGUCAUGAUGUUCCGGGAGAGUCGAAGCAAAAAAUCGGAUACAGUCACGAAGACGCACAGUUAAGAGCUCGAAGAGACAUUUAUGGCUUUGUGUAUGACCUAAGACCUUUCCCAGAAGAUUCUAACGUAGCUCUUGAAUUCAGCAACUACAGAAUAGGAUUCUACAAAUACAAGUUGAAGUUCACAGAAGACCACGAAGUGCGCAAAUCAGGAAUGGGGCUAUUGAAGACUCUUUGCUGGAUCAUGGACUCCACAUUGUCGCAUGUCCCGUCAUGGGACUGGGCCUAUCCAUUCGACUAUGGACCUAUGAUCUCGGACAUAACUGGAAUUGCUAAUUGUUCAUUCAGGUUUCCACCCGAUACACCACUGACCAACUUUGCCUACCUCAUGUAUGUAUUGCCUCCCGAAAGCCAAAACCUUCUCCCGGAGCCGCUGCGUCCGGAAAUUACGAAAGAGGACAGAGUAGAAAUUGACUGUGUGCAUUUCGAGGAUCAAAAGAAGUUCACAAUUUUGAUCCCACAUCGCAAGAUUGAACCGGUAGAGAAGUUCUUGGAAAGCAAACUUGCAGAGGUCUCGGAGUCUGACAGACUUCGAAAUGAUAGAGGAGUUCGCAAAAUGUACAGAAGCGAAGAAUACGAACAGGAGAUCUUUCGGUCACUUUUGAACAGUCGCCACUUCCCCGAUAUCUGUCCCUGUUUCGUGUCUGUGAAGAUCAUACCAGGUGAAAAACUAAUGGUUACAGAUGGACAAGUCAUGACUUCAGAGCACAGUUUCAAAGAGCAGCAUCUCGAGUUUCAACGGAGUUCAACUACUGAACCGGAAGUGACCGGGGUGCUUCCUCUCAGACCAAAUCUACUGCCUCCGCCACCUGCCGUUUUUAUGCCUCAAACAGAUAAUCGAUUUGUUCCUAGAAAUUUUGUUCCCGGAGGAAUAAGGCACGUUCCGCCGGUCGAUAAUUCAUUUGAUCGAAAACUAUCGAAUUCGGGUCCUCCCAGAAGUAUGCUAGCUGGAUAUAAAGGUGGUUUCGGUCAUGGCUAA